GUUUGUGGUUCCCCGCUGUUGUGGUUUUCGGUGGCAGCUAAAGGGUUAACUCCCUCUGUCACUUUUCGCUAAGGGUGAGAUUUUGUUGAGUCGGUGAUUUUCGAGAAGGCGCGAGAACGUAGAGCCUCUCUCAAGUUGCCGUCCAGAGGAAGAGCGCAGGAGACCAGUGUGGGCGCCUUCCUGAAUGCUGUGGGCCGCGGUGUUACAGUAGAAUGGGCCAACAUAGUCGGGGCUCUUGUGCACCCGGAGGAAUGAUUGCCACAAAGGGCAGAAUGUAGUAAGAGCUACCUUUAUUGAAGAUCGCAGGACCUUGGCUGCAGGAGCAGGCAAACGGGAAAAGGCAAAAAGGGCUCAGGCCUUUGAUAACUUGCUGCCAGAAGUUAGAGGAUUAGACGCCUCUGACUCUAGGCGCCUCCCACUGCCUCUCUCACUGGGGACUGUGUGAAGCAGAAAUGUCAUGGAGGAAGGGCUUAGUGGAUGAGAGAUGCUCACCUCAUGGCAGCUGGGAAGGAGAGAGAGAAGGAAAGCGCCCAAGAGAAGGCUGUGGGCUGCAUUGGAAGGAUCCUGGGAGACCCUCAAGCCAUGCAAUGGAGGUAGUGACCUUUGAGGAUGUAACUGUGACUUUCACCAUGGAAGAGUGGACUUUACUGAAUCCAUCUCAAAAGAAACUCUAUAGAGAGGUGAUGUGGGUAACCUUUAUGAAUAUGGCUGCUAUAGGAACAACAUGGGAUAACCAGGAUAUUGAUGUCGCAUACAAAAGUUGGUGGCAAAAUGUAAGGAAUGAAGAAGUAGAGAAAUGCUAUGAAUACAAAGCUUGGAAUCAACGUGAAGAAAUAUUCCUGGAAACUCCAGAUACUAAUUGGAACAUGAAAGAAACUGGUUUAAAAUCAUCUGAAAGCUUUGCUUGUGCAGAGUCUCUGAUUGGUCAUUCAUUGCCAUAUGUGCCCAUCAUAGCUCACACUGGACCCAAAAUAUGUGAGUAUGAGGGAUAUGAAGAGAAUCUGCCUAAAUGUAAUGAACCUGGAAACAUCUGCAGUGAUUCCCAAUCCUUUUUAAAGCAAGCAAGGAGAAAGGAUGUAGAAAAACCCUAUAAAUAUGAGCAAUGUGAGAAAGUCUACUCUGGUCUUGGUGAAAGUGCUCACCCUGAAAUGAAGACCUUUCUAUGUAAGAAAAAUAUGAAAGUCUGUGGUAUACCCAGUGAAAUUCAUGAAAGUAGUGAGGUUGGGGGGAAUCCACAUAUAUGUCAACAAUCUGAGAAAACAUUCACUACGUAUAAUUAUUGGCAAAGACAUGAAAGAAGUCACACUAGGGAAAAGCCCUAUGAAUGUAAGCAAUGUGGGAAAUUUUUCACUGGAACCAAGUAUUUGAAAAUACAUGAAAGAAUUCAUACUGGGGAUAAACUCUAUGUAUGUAGGCAAUGUGGGAAAGCAUUCACUACAUCAAAAUAUUGGAAAACACACGAAAGAAUUCACACUGGGGAAAAAGCCUAUAUAUGUAAGCAAUGUGGGAAAGUAUUCAGUACACACAAUAGUUGUCAAAGACAUGAAAGAAUUCACACUGGGGAGAAACCCUAUGAGUGUAACCAAUGUGGGAAAGCAUUCAGUACAUACAGUUAUUGGAAAAUACAUGAGAGAAGUCACACUGGGGAGAAACCCUAUGAAUGUAAGCAGUGUGGGAAAGCAUUCUCCUCACAUAGCUCUUGUAAAAGACAUGAACGAAGUCACACUAGAGGGAAGCCCUAUGAAUGUAAGCAAUGUGGAAAAGCCUUCACUACACUCUCUCAUGGAAAAAUACAUGAAAGAAGUCACACUGGGGAGAAACCCUAUGAAUGUAAGCAAUGUGGGAAAGCAUUCUCUUCACACAGCUAUCGUAAAAGACAUGAAAGAAUUCACACUGGGGAAAAAUCCUAUGAAUGUAAGCAAUGUGGGAAAGCAUUCACUACACUCUAUCGUGGGAAAAUACAUGAAAGAAGUCACACUGGGGAGAAACCCUAUGAAUGUAACCAAUGUGGGAAAGCAUUCAGUACACACAGGUAUUGCAAAAUACAUGAAAGAAGUCACACUGGGGAGAAACCUUAUGAAUGUAACCAAUGUGGGAAAGGAUUCACUACACACAGUUGUUUUAAAAUACAUUUAAGAAUUCACACUGGUGAGAAACCUUUUGAAUGUAACCAGUGUCGGAAAGCAUUUAGUACACUCAAUUAUUUGAAAGUGCAUGAAAGAAUUCACACUGGAGAGAAACCUUAUCAAUGUAACCAGUGUGGGAAAGCAUUCACUACACACAGUUGUUUUAAAAUGCAUAAAAGAAUUCACACUGGGGAGAAACCCUAUAAAUGUAACCAGUGUGGGAAAGCAUUCACUACACUUGAAUAUUGGAAAAUACAUGAAAGAAUUCACACUGGUGAGAAACCAUAUGAAUGUAAGAAAUGUGGUAAAGCAUUCAUUGCUCACAAUACUUGUAAAAGACAUGAGAGAAUUCACACCGGGGAGAAACCCUAUGUAUGUGAGCAAUGUGGGAAAGCAUUCACUACACAUAGUUGUUUUAAAAUACAUGAAAGAAUUCAUACUGGGGAGAAACCCUAUGAAUGUAAACAAUGUGGGAAAGCAUUCAGUAAUCACAACAGUUGUAAAAUACAUGAAAGAAGUCACACUGGGGAGAAAUCCUAUGCAAGCAAUGUGGGAUAGCAUUGACUACACACAGUUUUAAAAUACGUGAAAGAAGUUACACUGGGGAAAAUCCCUGUGAAUGUAAACAGUGUGGGAAAGCAUUCACUGCACCCAGAUAAUUGGAAAAUACAUGAAAGAAUUCACACUGGGGAGAAACCCUACAAAUGUAACCAAUUAUGAAAGCAUUUUUUAUACACAGCAAUUGUCAAAGACAUGAAAGAAGUCACACCAAUCAGAAACCAUAUGUACACAAGCCAUUUGAGAGGAUUUUCUAAGUAUUUUGUUGACAAAAAACCUCACAUUCAGAUGAAACCUUAUGUAAGUCAAUGUUGGAAGGUAUUUACUAACAACUUUGUAAACCUAAACAAACUCACACCUGGGAGAAACCAUAUUUAAGCAGUCUGGAAAAGCAGUACACAUAGGUACUAUCAAAUAUAUGGAAAGAGUCACACUGGGGAGAAAUGCUAUGUAUUUAAGACUGUUUAGAGUAUCUACUCAAAAUUUCUCAUUGUAGUAGAGGCCUAUAAAAAUCAUGAAAAGUUUGAUGUCAAUUUUUUCUUUGUAAGUUUUCCGGAAAAACAUGCCCAGAUGGAGUUAUCCUAAAACAUAAAUACUGUGUAGUGUUAUUUUUCUCAUAAAUUUUUGCAGUAGUUAUCUGUAUUGGUUACUAUAAACAUAAAAAUCAAGUUGACAUAAAAAAGACCCAGCAAUAACUCCAAAAUGAGCACUAUGUUUAUAUGGUAUUGUCUUAACAUCUGUUACUUGAGAAAUGAACACAAACUGCUACAGUAAUUCUAGAGUCAUUGGCAGUCUAUACUGAAAUGGUUAUAUAUAAGCUAUUUGAUUUUACUGUUUGAAGGAUUGGCUUUUUAAAUGACAUUCAAAGUUUUCUUUUAUUCUCAUUGUAUAGUAAUACUUUCACAGAUCUUCAUAAAGACCAGGUUAUAAGUUUUUUUUUUAGUGAGUAUGGCACUCAUUGUACUAUUUGUAAGUUAAACUUUUCUUGUGUAAGCUGAAGCCUUUCUCUAAAGGUUUUUUGUUUUGUUUUUAUUAAGACAGAAGAAGUUUAUUGUAGCUCAUUUUUAAAGACUAUAGUUACUAGUUUAAGUCAUUAUAGUAGAUCUUAAACAUCCUUUUUUAGUUAACUAAGAGAGGUAAAUAUUUUCUUUUGCUUUUUGAAACAUAUAUAUGUAUUUAUACACUAAAACUAAGUGGGUUUUUUGUUUUUUUUUUUAAUUCCCUAAAUACCGAGAUUUUCCCAGGAGGAAAAGAAACAUUUAAAGUCAAUAGUUUAAUUAUCAUUUGUCUUGCUAUGUAUGCUGGCCAAAUACUCUAACCAAGCCCAUUUAAGUUUUAAAGUCUUUUAAGUUUCAAAAAGUGUUUUUCUUAGAAAAAUAAAAAUUAAAAUGUAGAGACUGUUGAAUAGAAUAGCACUGAGGUAAGGCCUGACAAUGUGACUUGUAAACUACUUGCCAAAAAACUCAUGCUUCUGACUUUAAGAUUGUUGCAACCUAAAUGGCAACAGUACUAUUCCUUUUUAAUGUGUAAUGCUGCAGGUGCUCAAACUAUGUAAUUCACAAGUUCCACAGAUUUCUACCACCAAAAAUACAUAAAUGUUCCCAUCUCCAGACUAUAAUGAACCUCUUUCACUCUUGAGGGCACAUUUUUUUUUCUUUAAAUAUAUACUUGAAAUUUUCUGCCUGAUCUCUUUAUGCCUCUGUUUUAAAAAGCUGCAGGUGUUUAUUAAAGGUUAUUGUGGAACCUUAAUUUUACUGGCUAAUGUAUUCAUACACUUCCUUAAUUUGACAAGGUGGCAAAUACCGUAUUUGCUCUAGAGCACUAAGUUUUCUCACUAAGAUUUUCUCAGAGCUUUAGAGCACUAAGCUUUCUUUUUGCACUGUUAUUGCCUAAGGGUUUCUGAGAGAAAAUGGUGCACUUGGACUUGAUCACUAGGUGGUUGACUAGGGGUGCUCACUGGAAGAUUAUUUCACAGAUCAGCAAGUUGAAAUUUCCUUCAGCAGUUUUUGAAUAUGGACUUACUGAAACCAUUAUUGGUGUCCUGUUAACAAAAGGUGUAAUGAACAUAGGAAAUAGUCAUUAGAGACUUAUUGAAAGGAAUGUUCUUCCGGAAUAGAGGAAUAAGUGUUUUCAGAUAUCUAAUUAAAAUUGUGGUUUGGAGA